CGCCUGUUGCGGAGAGGAACUUUAAAAGCUGAAAGAUUAAAAAAGAAAGAAAAGCGGGGUAAAAGACGGACAAUAACUGCGUAAGCGAAGCAUUUAAAAGAUGGAUGAAAGUCCAACACCUCCCGAACUGCGUACCUCACCUGAUAGUGAUGGUUUAGCAAAGAAAGGCAAAGGCAAAGGCAAAGGCAAAGCUAAAGGAUCACCAAAAGAAAAAGGAAGUCCUAAGGGGUCACCAAAAGGAAAAGGAAGUCCUAAGGGGUCAGCCAAAGAAAAAGGAAGUCCUAAGGGGUCAGCCAAAGGAAAAGGAAGUCCUAAGGGGUCAGCCAAAGGAAAAGGAAGUCCCAAAGGGUCAGCCAAAGGAAGCCCCAAAGGAAAACCAAAAUCUCCUGUUAAAAAAGAAGAGGAGCCUGAUCUAUCUAUGGCAAGCAUGGGCCACCCAGAAAUAUUUCCCUUGGUCCUCACUGAAAAAACACAAGAAAUAUUUAACUGCUCUGCUGAUAUAGAUGUAACAGCUGAAAAUCCUUACAAGCUCAUUAAAAAGGAAGAUAUUAUUAAUGACAUGAAGACAAGAGCUGCGAUUUCUGACUUCCACCCUAUCAAAAAAGUUAUACUAGAUUAUCCUGGCGAAGAGCUCCUGCUAGUCUUUGACAGAGAAUUAAAAUAUGGACAAAUCUUUUAUCUUAUUGCAACCGAAGAAGCAAAGGAAAACAUUUUAAAUCCACCAGAGCCUGAGGAAGAGGAAGACGUUAAGGAAGGGGUGCCUGAAGAAGUUUAUAAACCUCCUGUGCCCAAACCUUGGGUUUCGCUUGGAAGUGAAAAGGAAAUUGAAGAAGAAUCAGUCAGGGAAUCAACAAGGAGGAUUAAAUAUUUGAUUUCUCGACCACACAAAGAAUUUGGGAUUCGGGUUAAGUUCCAAAACAGAAAUGCGACACUUGAUAAACAUGCCUACGUGGAGUGUAUGCCUUAUCAAGACAAGUACUUCACCAUUCGGCAGCUAGAGAAAGAUAUUGGCGUUCAGGUAGUUCCAGAAGAAGAAAGUACUGGAACUCAGACAAAAUG